ACCUGAAACAACAUGAGAGAAUACAUACAGGAGAAAAGCCAUACCACUGCUCCCAGUGUGGAAAGAGCUAUAACCAGAGAGGAUACCUGAAAAAACAUGAGAGAAUACAUGCAAGGAGUUUCAACCAGAAAGGACACCUGAUCCAACAUGACAGAAUACACCCAUGUGUGAAGCCAUACCACUGCUCACAGUGUGCAAAGAGUUUUACAAGGUUAGGGGGCCUGAAGAUUCAUGAGACAAUACAUACAGGAGAAAAGCCGUACCACUGCUCCCAGUGUGGAAAGGGUAGUAACCACUUAAGUGGCCUGAAAAGACUUGAGAGAAUACACACAGGGGAGAAGCCUUACCACUGCUCCCAGUGUGGAAAAAGUUUUACCCAGUUAUGUAACCUGAAAACACAUGAGAGAAUACACACAGGGGAGAAGCCUUACCACUGCUCCCAGUGUGAAAAGAGUUUUAAGGAGUUAGGUAACCUGAGAAGACAUGAGAUAAACCACACAGGAGGUAAGGGUGUAGGCUGUUGAACAGUAUGACAUAGGACAGAUGUAGGCUUCUGAACAGUAGGACAUAGGACAGGAGAAUGCCCAAUACAUGGUGGGACAGAUGAGUCCAAAUUUAAUUCCAACCACCAUGUCUUUGUGAGAUGCAGAGUAGGUGAACGGAUGAUCUCCGCAUGUGGGGUUCCCACCGUGAAGCAUAGAGGAGGAGGUGUGUGGGUGCUUUGCUGUUGACACUGUCAGUGAUUUUAUUUUCAGUUUAUGGCACACUUAACCAGCAUGGCUACCACAGCAUUCUGCAGCGAUAUCCCGUCUGUUUUGGGCUUAGUGGGACUAUCAUUUGUUUUUCAACAGGACAAUGACCCAACACACCUCCAGGCUGUGUAAGGGCUAUUUGACAAAGAAGGAGAGUGUUGGAGUGCUGCAUCAGAUGACCUGGCCUCCACAAUCACCUGACCUCAAUCCAAUUGAGCUGGUUUGGGAUGAAUUGGACCGCAGAGGUUAGGAAAAGUGGCCAACAGCAUUAUCAGCAUGUGUUGGAACUCCUACAAGACUGUUGGAAAAGCAUUCCAGGUGAAGCUGGUUGAGAGAAUGCCAAGAGUGUGCAAAGCUGUCAUCAAGGCAAAAGGUGGCAAGUUUGAAGAAUCUAAAAUAUAUUUUGAUUUAUUUAACACUUUUUUUGGUUACUGAUUCCAUAUGUGUUAUUUCAUAGUGAAAAUAAAGAAAAACCCUUGAAUGAG